GUUUGAAAUGUGUGCGUUUUCAGUGCAAGAUAUUUUUUUUCUCUCCUUCCAGUAGAGAACCUGAGAAGCUGAGCGAUAACAAAUGUCUGCCUCUUCACAGCUGGGAAGUGCAACACUGUACUGCAGUACAAGAUUUACCCACUAACAAUAGCAACAGUUUUCUUCAAACAUGGAUGAAGAUAAUGAGUGGAUAGUGGAGACCAUUGCUGGAUAUCUCGGCAGCCCAGAUUGGGUUAUACCCGUAACCGACUUUAUCGAACACAAAUGUACAGUAUUUGAUGAUGAUGAUGAAAAUAAACUGUCCUAUACAGAGGUCCAUCAGCAGUACAAGGAAAUGGUAGAACAACUGUUGGGUAAUUACACACAGGAGGUUGGUAUCAGUGAAGAACAAUUUUUGGAAGCAUGCGUAUCUCCACUGGCACAAUCAAAGGCACUACAGAAGGUGUUUCAACCAGUGUUGGCUGCAGAAGACUUUGAAAUGUUUAAAUCUCUAAUGAUUCAGAAGAAUGUGGAGCUGCAGCUGCAGGCACUUCGUGUAAUUGAGGAGAAGAAUGGUACACUGCCUGAGUGUUUGACAGAUGGUGUGGACAUGAUAUCGGAGUUGGAAGAGCAGGAGCUCAGAAUACUGAAGGAGGUGCUGAAGAGAUCAAAAGAUGAAUAUGAGCAGGACCUGGCGAAAAAAAGGUUCUCGGAGGAAGAAUCUGGGUCAGCUUCAAACAGCAGCUCACGGGAGAGCAAAGAUCAACAUGAAACCUGUCUGAGAAAGCAUUCAGAAAAAGAAAGUGAACAAACACAGAAAGUGUGCAAAGCCCCAGUAAAAACUGUGAAGAAAGGAGCAGCUGUUUGUGCCUCCAACACUGAUGAUGCAGGAAAGAAGAGUCCCUCCAAAGACUGUAUGCAACCAAGCACAAAGUUGCUGUCAGCAUGUUUUCCAGGGAGAAGCAGCAUUGGGAGUCUCUGUGCCAAUAGUAAAGUCCUUGCACCAGUCAAAGCCCCUGUCAAUGGGUCUGAGCUCAGUCCAGCAUCCACCUCCUCAGAGAACAAGAAGAGCAGUAGUGAGGCUGCAGAGGCUUGGUUAGAAGAGGCCAGGAAGGAGGCAGGGAUAUCUAGACCUUUCACUGAGCUGUCAGCAGAUCAGCAAGAGCAGCUUCAGCAGCGAGCAGAGUACCUGAAACAGCAGAGGGACAAACUUCUCGCCAUGAAGAAAGAGCAAAGACAUAAACCGACCCAUGCUGAACUUGCAGAGGAGCCUUCAAUAUUGACAUCUGAGAACAAGCAGGUAAUUUCUGAAGAUGAGAAAAAGAAGAUUCAGAAACGAAAGAACCUGGCAGAAAAGCUUAAACAAGAAGUAAUAAAAAAAUAAUGACGGAAGUCUGUUACACAGACAUUAAAAGGCACCUAUGGACUUAUGCGUUACUGAACUGUAUUUGGUUUAUUUUGUGCCAGAAAUUUGGUGUGAAGAAUGCAUUAUUAUUUUUUUAUAUAUAGAGGUCUGUUAGUUUUAAACCAUGGUUGCCUGUGAAAACAAAGAAAUAGCUUAUACUGUUCAUAUAGUGUCUGGGUUAUGGUACUUAGUCAUAUUCGUGUCUUAAUGUGUUGGCAACUUUUAAUUGAAUGGAAAAAAAUCUUAAUUCUCCUUUACCAAAGAUCUUGACCUCUUGCUGAUUUCAGUUAUAGGUGUUGGUUCCAUUGUUAAUAAGGAAAUUGAAACAUACUCUUUUUAUUUUGUAUUUUUCAAUAUUUUUUAAACAUUUGAAAGGAAUAUAAAAAGUAGGUCAAUUUUACCACAUACCAUUCUAUUACCUUACAAAUACUGUGUAUUACAAACCUCUACACCCUAAAGCAGGAGGAAAAAAGUGGGUCCCUACCAGUUUAACCCACAGGUUUCUUUGGACAGA